AUGAAUUCGUUUAGGCCAAAUGCUGCCUUGAAAUUCACUUACGUUGUUGCCGCCAGAUCCAGUCCAGAUGUGUUUGAAUCCCGUAUGGAAAAAAGAAAUGAAGUGAAAAAGCAGCCUGUGGGAUAUUCCAAUCAAGGAGAAUUUAUCAGAUGCAUGGAGGAAAAGGCAGAAGGCUUGGGCACAAAGACAUCAAAGGGAGGUUUCACAAAAGAUAAGACACUUGAUUCGAUUCUUAAUGUUGAGAUGGUGAAAGAAAAAUCAGCAGAGGAGAUAAAACAGAUUUGGAAUCAGUAUUUUUCUGCAAAAGAUACAGUUUAUGCUGUUAUUCCUGCAGGCAAGUUUGAUUUAAUAUGGAAGAGAGCCCAGAAGUGUCCAUCGUUUCUAUAUGCUUUGCCAAGAAAAGAAGGCUAUGAGUUCUUUGUGGGGCAGUGGUCAGGAACAGAAUUGCACUUCACUUCCCUAAUAAACAUUCAGACCCAAGGUGAAACUGCUCCUAGCCAGUUGGUCUUGUACCAUUAUCCUGAGCUGCAGAAGGAAAAAGGGAUAGUACUAAUGACAGCAGAAAUGGACUCUAAGUUCUUGGUGGUCCGUGAAGCACAGUGCUUGGCAAAUCAGGUGCAGCUUUUCUAUGCAACGGAUCGUUCCGAGACCUACGAAUUAGUGGAGACCUUCAACCACAGAUCUAGUGAAUUUAAAUAUAUGUCAGUUAUAGCAGAGCUUGAGCAAAGCGGACUUGGACGAGAACUGAGACCUGGUCAGGUUUCUGACAAGUCGUAGAUGCUGACCUGUGGGUGAAGCAAGCCAGCAGCAGGCAGGGGGAUUCCUGGAUGGGGUGGUCCUGUCUCUUUUUCUUUUACCAAUUUGAUUUGUCUACAGACAGGAUCUGGAGACGUCCUGGGAGUGUGAUAGUCAAGCCUGUCUGGCACUGAUGCAAGAUGAGGACUUGGGCCAUUUGAACGACAAUAACUGAUUGCCAAAAUGGAGCCCUGUACUUCAGUAGAACGAGCCGUUUUCCCAUCCUGUGACUUAGUGCAGCAUGCUGUAUUUUUGAAGUCUGAAAUAAAAUGACAGAAGGGGGGCUAUGUAAUGGACUAUAUUGACAUCAGGAGACAGAUGACAAUCAACGUUUCUUCUCAGUAAAUGCAUUUUAAAUGCCUUCCACCAUUAUAAUUGCAUGGCCCAGUGCUUUCUAAUCUGUGUGGAAUUUACACAGGCUUGUCCAUCAAGAAAAGAGAAUAGGACUGAUGGUCUAAAACAAACUUCUCUUUGUUAGUUUUGUGUGUGAGGUUCCUUACACAGAUGUAUACUGUGGCCUGUGUUUUUCUCAGGAUUAAAAAAUAGUGACUAGA